GAUCAGUCGUGUGGAAGAGGCUAACGCCUAGCCUGCCGACAGAUCGCGGGUUCGGUCGUUCGUUGGUUGGUUCGCGACAACCCUCCGCGAUCGUUCUCCCGAUCUGUUCGUUUAAUCGUGGCUGCCGCGCGUGAUAAGAUCGAUUAAAAUGCAUCGUCGCUAUCCCUGCGCUCGCCCUCGCCGCCCUUAGAAACCCGAGACCGACAGUGUACACCCCAAUCCCAGCCUGGUACUAUGACUUCGAACCCCUUCGGGUCCACGGGUGCUCGAUGUAAGCUCCAUUCGACGCGAUCAUCCCCCACCGGGUGUUGUUUCCGUGCGGGAGUGAAGUGUGUGUAAACGGCCGACACGGGGUGUAGGGUAUAGAUCGAUCCGACGAAGAUGAAGUUCACCGUAUCCAGCAGCGUUUCCCUCCUGCCCCUCUGGUGUCUGACCUUAAUCGAAGCUUCCACUUCAGCCGAAGUUUCCUGCGGCGAUCGUCGGACGGCACCUAGGGGAGUGAUCCAGACCCCGAACUUUCCCGCCUCGUUUCCGGUUCCCAUAAAGUGUCGCUGGGUAAUCGACGUGUCCGACAUACCGGUCACCAACAGCUCGAUCGUCGUCUAUCUGACCCAGGUGUACGUGUACAAGGGUCUCAGGUUCACCGAGUACGCUUAUUAUGAAUCGGAGAGCAUGAACUACGGCGCGGCGUUGAUCAAGGAGGUCACCGAAUGGAAUGUGUUCGAGUUCAGGUGGUUACGGUCGUUUCGGCCGUUUCUCGUCGUGGAAUUCGAGCUUGACCGGCUGGAGGGGAAUCACUUGCGUGUGUUAAACGAUCUUCUCGACGUAUACGGGUUCAACGUCACGUACCAGAUGACCGAGGUCGAGCCGAAUUCGGAUUCCUGCUCCGUGCAGCAUUGCUCCUUCACCGGCAACUGUCUGGUGUCUGCGGACUACAGUAAUUUCUGGUGCGACUGCUUCGAGGACUUCAACGGAAAGACCUGCAACGAGGGACCUCUGUGCUUCGACGACGAUCGCAAGCACGUGUGCCAAAACGGAGGAACUUGCAGGCAAAUCGGAGCGAAGGCGAUGAACUGCCAUUGUCCGGACGGCUACGUCGGCAGGCUGUGCGAGAUUCACUUGAUGGACACCUGGGACGCUGAAUGCGGACCCGAGAAUUGCAUAAUGCAGUGCCCUUUGGGGGAGGCCCCGUGCGUCUGCAGGAACGGAACCAAGAUCUAUAACAAUCGAUCGAGGUACGAGUGCAGGAUCAAAUUGACGAACGUGACCUCGCUUAGGACUGGCUCCGCGGUGCAACAGGAAAGCAUCGAGGCCAAUGUCGGCAAACAGCUUACGAAGUACUUGAGGAACUCGAAUAUCUCGUCUAUGGAGGAUUUAAAAAUCCUGAGCGUGACACCCACGUCCGAGAUCACUUUCCAUUUCUUCGGGAACUCGGAGGAUGGCGACAGGAUUCGCGAGUCUCUCAACAGGCUGGUGCAGCGUCGGCGUCUAAGCGAGAUUUCUCUCGAGUCGACUCACUUCACUUUUCAGCAGAAACCGGCUCUGAGACUGAAGAGUCUUCGCCUGAAUCAGGCGAACGAGCAUGAAGUUCAUCUUGGGGAUGAGAUCUCUCUAUCUUGUAUAGCUCAGGGCAGUUACAACAUUAAUUUCACCUGGUACAAGGACAACAUGGUGGUGAAUACGAGCAAAGCUACCAGGAAUAUUCGGUACAAGCACCUUCCAAAUGAUGGUUCGGACCUUCACACAUCAUUGUUGAUCAUUGAGAAAGCGACUAUGCUUGACGCAGGUCAAUACACUUGCCAAGUUGUCGAAUGGGGUGUACAACAGUGUAAAAGCAUCUACGUUGACGUAAGGGACGAGCCCAACGUCAAAGUGAUGCCCAUGAGUGCUACCAUAGACAAGGGAGGCAGCACCCAGUUGACAUGCAUGACACCUAAUAUGCCCAAUAUAGGGAUAGGAUUCGGUUGGACGAAAAACAGGGCAUUGCUGAAGCUGGAACUCGGCAGCGAAGUCUGGGAGGAUCUCCAUCCCGCAGGAAGCAUAUUGAAAAUCACAAAUGCACAGAAAUCUGCCAUAUACACCUGUAACGUGGCGGAUAAGUCCAUGUCCGUUAGAGUUGAAAUAGUUAACAGGACGCUCAUACCAGUUUGUCGGAAAGGCAAAUCUCAGGACCUAACUUGGCCGGGUACAGCUCCUGGAUCCGAGGCACUGCUGGAAUGUCCGCAGCAUUUCGUUGGCGACAAAGUGUCCAGACUGUGCUCCAUGAAGGACGCUACGACGCCUGAAUGGCAGACACCAGACUUUUCUCAUUGUCUAUAUGAACCGUUCACCGCUCAGUAUAACAAGUUCAAGAGCCUCACGCUGGGUUAUCAGAACACCACAGGAUCAGAGACAAUUAUAGCCUUUAGGGAAAUUUUACGAUCACGUGCACUGCCGCUCUACCCUGGCGAGGGGGAUCGUAUAUUGGGCAUACUGGCGGAAAUAGAACGUUAUCAGGAUAAUGUUGACCCAUUAGACCUACACGCCUCGACAGAGGCUCUGAUACGAAUUAUCAGUCGAAUACUUAAUGAUGAAAAUUCGAUCUUGAGCCAACAGAAAGUUCUGCUGCUCCUCCAAAUGACGCAACGAAGCUUGGUACAGUGGUCGAAAGUAGCCAGUGAACCUUACAAACAUCUGUCCAUGUCUUCUUUGGCGGUGGACGUUCAAGAGCUGCAGCAACACAAUGGCGACAGUAUCACGCAUUCGCUUCAGAUCCCAAUCGACGAUUCCAUGUAUCCAAGUUGGUACGACGACAAGGUGACCAUAAGAUUGUGGAAAAAGAGACAGAGAAACCUGAAGUCAAACAACAGUCUUAAUGGAAUCGUGGUGGUCUACAAAAACAUGGCACAGUUUCUUCCAACUACUUACGUUAAGGAACUAGACGACGGUACUGAUCUCGAAUUUCGUAUCAAUUCUCGAGUGGUCGUGGUUGUGGUACCAGGUUUCAGUCCGGAUAAACACAACAAAAUAUGGGUAGAUCUACAGAUGAGACACAUCCAGAACCAGUCCAAUGCUUGGAACGUGUCUUGUGGUCUUUUGGAAAAUGCGGGCAGCUGGGAUCUAAAUAGUUGUAUAGUCAACACUGUGCCAGGAGAUGCUACCACUCAUUGCUUGUGUCCUAACACCGGGACCUAUGCGAUUUUUCUAACAGCACGCGCGGUGAGAGUAGUGUUAGCAAAGAAGGAGCAGACUACGUUCAUUGUCAUAUUCGGAUGUGGCAGCUGUUUGGUUCAAUGUUUCUUGUCUUCCCUAAUUCUUGGCACUUUCUGGUGGAAACAUAGAGAUUGGUUGAACUUCUUGAAACUGCAGUGCUGCAGUGCUUUAGUAGGAGCAAUGGCUGUCUUCAUAUACGCUGUGCACAACAAUUUGCCCGAGAGCUCGUAUGCUAUCGUGGCGAUAGCUCUAGAAGCUUUCCUUCUCGUCGGCAUGUCUGCACCCAUAUCGGAAGCGUUGAUUAUCUAUGCCGGAUUGACGCAAGUUCGACCCAGUCAGCACUUUCAGCCAACAGUUAUCGCAGUUAUUACCGGUGUCCCUAUCUUAGCCGUGCUAACCACCGAACUCACGCACAAAAGUACGAGAUGGAGACACGAGUCCUGGUGGCUGAUCUUCGGCAGCGGAGUUUACAAUAUAUUUGUUACUUGUGCUACCGUGAUGUUUCUGAUAUUUGUAUUACUAUAUUUAGGUAUUUUACAUAAAGCGCAUACUCUGGUCGGGGAGAACGUUAUGAAGAAAGAAGCAAUAGAAGCGAGACUACGAAUGCUUCAUCGAGCGGCCAUUGUCAUUUGCGGCGUAAUCUCUAUAGAAGCGUCCUCUAUCUUCUACAUAAACUCCACCUCUAUCAUCUUCCACUAUGUAUUCGCGUCUCUAUCCUCUGUUCUGGGAUUCGUUAUAAUAAUGGUCUACAUCGUGAGCGGUGAGUUGUCAAUUGUCGAUACGAUCCUGAAGAAACUGACAUGGAAACAGAGCACAGAGGAGGAGAUUACAUCUGAGCCAAUUAAAGUGUGCUCAAAGAGCGCCGCAGAGGUGGAGAACGACACGGCGCCCCCUCCGUCGUCCUUGGGCUUGGGAGAGUCCUACAUAGAAGCUCGAGGAAUCGCAGCUGGUAGCAUAGACAUGCGCGAGUUCGUGAACGAGACGUCGUCCUCGUACUCGAAACCUUCCGUCCCUGUCGCUAACCGGUUUUUGCCGGAGAUACACAUCGACCAUUCCGACGACAUAAAUCUAGAAAAUUACAGCACCAGCCCGCGAAAGUACCAGGAGACCAUUGCGUUCGACGCCAUGUUCUCACCGCGUGCGUCCCGUUGCGUGAGCGAAUCUUACAGCGGCAGCGAGUGCUGCACCUUUCGGGAUUAUGGGAAAUAUCGCGGCGGCGAGCCGCAGAGCCAGCAGAUCUUCGUACCUCACAAUCCCGCGCCGGAAGCCUCGGCGAAGGUUUUGUGCAGCGCCGACGUCGAGUCUCGUCUGACCGGCAUGCCGGACGUUACUUUGGCCGUUAAGAACGACGUUGAGACAUUGCCUACCAGCGAACUGAAGACUAGAGAACACGUUAAUGUUAUUCCCGAUAUAGCGAACACGACGGAGCGCAAACAACCUGACGGAGAAGAAAAAGCGCCGGAGAUCGUGGUCACGAAUUGCGAGGCCACAUCAAGCGGUAUGCUGGAUCGAAUCUCUCAUGAUCUUGAUUAUCUGUUGAACCGCACGAACUCCACGGACGGCACUUAAAUUGCGUCUGAUAUACCGAUCGUGUUCACCGAUCUAGCAACGGGGUCAAUUUCUCCGUAAUCUUAACCCCUUAAAGGGUUAGACUACUGUAACCGUCCGAUAAAGUGGGCAAUUUUCAAGUGUCUACGAAAUUGCGGUCUACAAAAAAAAAGCAAAAAUAUUUGAUUAAGAGAUUUUGCAUUUUAUUUAAAUUAAAAACAAUUGCAUUCGUUGAGCCAAGAUGAUUACGAACCUCGUCAAAGUGUUUCUCUUAACUUUCUAUAUUUAAUUAUAUAGAAGCUUCGAACUAUCGUUUAAGCAAGAAUUUUCAAUCUGUCUGCAUACUCACGGUAGUCUAACCUCUUAAGCAGCGUGCUCAAUGUUUUUCAAUGAUCGCGUUUUAUAAAUAUAGUAGAACACACUUUUUGGAUCGUUUGGAUUUCGCGUCCGCGUGCUUCGUAUUCGAAUAUACUGCCAACUUCCGUCAAACGACCGGGGAUCUAAUUGCGUCACGAGAGUGCGCGAAAUUUGAAAAUUGUUUUCAAAAAUAGAUCGAAUAGCUCAGGUCCUACUAUAUUUAUUAUAAUGACUGGUAGGCCUAAUUGGUAACACGAUUCAUUGAGAAGCAUCGAUCCUAUGUAACCAUCGUAAAAUACUCGAACACAUUUUAAUUGAUUUUACAAGUUUAGCCGUUUUUAUGAAGCAUCACUUUACCGAUUCCUGUGUAGCGACAGAAACGUACAGGGAAGUUCUACAGAACACACAUCUAAACAAAUAAAAGAACUGCAGUACUUUUUAAAAAAUGUUAUUAUUAUCAUCAUCAUUUAUAAUGUUGUUUAACGUUAUGUCCGAUCACGUAACAGAUACCUAGCGUUGUAAGAGUAUUACAUUACGCUUGCAACGUGUUAAACUAAACAACUCGGAAGAUAUACAAUCUCACGUUUUCUUUACAAACACGUAUACACUCUCUCGAUGAUCUCGUUCUCUCUCUCUCUCUCUCUCUCUCUCUCUCUCUCAUUAAAUGUUCUAAAAAACAUCAAUUACUAAGAAGACUCUUUGUUAAGGACGUUUUUUUUUCAUUGUGCUCCAUCCAUGAAAAUGUUUUACAUCGAAGACAGCUCAUGUUUGUCCUUCCACUAUUAAGGUCAUAUAAAUAAAUUUUGUAUAGAAUACA